CUGAUUCUGAUGGAUUACCAAGCACAGAAUGUGAUGAUGGCCAAAAACGACUAAUUAGAUUAAUUAAAGGGCACACUGUUGGAGGUUGCCGUUUGGUUUUGGCUCUAUUUUCUCUAGAUUAGACAUGUUUUAAAAUUAAGGGCAUAAUUAUAAGGCACUCUCUUGGAGAUGCUCUAACAUACACUACACCUACAUCCUUUACUUCUUUGUGGCUAGGACCCAUACCAAGACCGGCUACAUAUACACGAUACAGCUCGAGCCAGAGUCGUUGAGGCCGGUGACGACGAGAGCAUGGAGGUCCAGGUCCAGCAGAGAGGAUCCCCUGCCCCCGCGGCAGAGCUGGAGGUCUCCCUCCGCGAGUUCACCAUGUCGGACGCGGAGGCGUUCAUGUCGUGGGCGUCCGACCCUCGCGUGGUCCGCUUCCAGCGCCGCGACGCCUACGAACAUGUGGACCAGGCCCGCCGCUACAUCGCCGACCACAUCCUGCCGCACCCGUGGUACCGCGCCAUCUGCGUCGGCGCGGGCGCGCCCCUCCCUGUGGUGGGUUCCAUCUCCGUGAAGCCCGGGCCCACCGAGGACGGGCGGCCGUUCAGGGCGUCCGUGGGGUACCGCCUGGCGCGCGCGCACUGGGGGCGGGGCAUCGCGACACGCGCGGUGCGAGCGGCGGCCGCGGCCGUGUUCGCGGCGUGGCCCUGGCUGCUGCGGCUGGAGGCCGUGGCGGACGUGGACAACCCGGCGUCGCAGCGCGUACUGGAGAAGGCCGGGUUCGCCAGGGAGGGCGUGCUGCGGAAGUACGUCCUGCUCAAGGGCCAGCCCAGGGACAUGGUCAUGUUCAGCAUCGUCGUCGAGACGGAGCAGGACAAACCGGAUGGGCCAUAGAUCGCCGCGAUGCUAUGGGCUCCUGGGCUCCUGGCCUUUCGCUGCUGCGCAUACGGCAUACGUCACGUAUGUAGUGUAACGUUCUAGGCAGCCAUGUAUCAUGUACUGUAUGUAUGAUGAUAGUAUACCACCGUGUGUAUGUGAUAAUCUGAAAGGAAAUAGGAAAAUGAAUAACCGUACCACCGUGGGAAUUGGGAAGUCAAAA